UAUUCAAGCUAGUAUUAUUCAUUAAGAAGCAUUUAAUAUUUAUGUAUUCAGAAAAACCAAAUCUUUUAAAAUAUAACCAUAAGAUAUUUACUUGCUUGUGUAAGUUGUCAAAUAAAAUAAAAGUAAAUCGUCACAUUUUAAAAAUCGUUUUGCUAAUAUAAAAAUGUUUGAUUACAAUAGAUUAACAUAACCAAGGAAGUUUAAUAAACAGAAGACAAUGUCAUAUAACAUUUUGAAGCCAGUUUUUAAAAUGGCUGCCAUCUGGGUUAACCCAAAACAUUUUAAGGAACUUAAGAUAAAAUAAAAACUUUAUUAAAACCUUCUCAAAAGAUUACACCAAAUGAUUAAGUUAUUCGUCAUAUUAAGUUUGUCAGCCUACACUAUCUUAUAAAUAAUUUUUUUGCUAACUGAAUGCUUUUUUCAGUUUAUUCUAAUAACAUUCAGAAUACUGAAAUAGUCAUUCAGAUAACUGUAUUUCAACAUGAUACUAGAAGAUAUUGAAUUUCAGAUAGUAUAAAAGACUCUGUAUAUAAAGACCCUAUACAUUAUAGGGUGAAGAUUCAAAGCACAGUGGAUUAUUAUAACAUGUUAUAGAAGAAUUGUCACAGAAAUGGUCCAUCAAAUAGUAAGUUGAGAAAAGAUUUUCUCCAGGGCCUUCUGACGUGCUUUUGGAUUAGCAGAAAUCCUAAAGAACUGAUGGAAAAGAUCAAGAAUGAUAAGAAGAAGACUUCUGUAACCAAAGAGGAAGAUUUUACAUUCAUCUUAGAUCAGCUGUGAGAAUGAAGUGGAAUAAUUGGAACAAAUUAUCAAAGGUUCUCAUAUGCUGUUGAAAGAUCACAGAAGAAACAUUUGCCUACCAGGGAUAGGGUAGGAGACACUGCAAACAUUUCACACAGCUCUGCAAGCAGUCAUGAUGAUAUUUCUGACUCAGGCUUUGUAGCAGACCUAGACAAAAAGAAUCUAGCACAUCAGUUUUCCUUCCAAAAGAUAUAUUUUAAAGAAAACAGCUCUUAUCGCUAUAGGAGAGAGACUGUAUGCUCGACAUCACACUGCAAUUGUGUCUUGUGUCAUUGCAAACUCUGGAGGUUAUGUAUCAGUUUUUGUAAUGUCUAGUGCAACAUCAUUUAGAGCUAUAGAAGAGGUUUUGUUUACAGAAGGAGCAAAGGUUAGAGAACAAAUUUAUACUCUUGUGCAAUCAUCAGUAUUCCCUAUAAUUCUACACUUUGAUAGCAAGAUGGUUAAAGAAUUCACAGAUGGAAAUUAAUUGCAAUAUCACAGACUUGCUGUAUUAAUUCAAAUAAAUGGACAGACAGAGCUACCUCUCACUUUAAGUACAGGAAAUGAGCAAUCAUGAAACUUCUUAACCAAUUUGAGAAAGCUAACAAGUUUCACAGAUAUAUUUUUGAUACUACUUGUUCUAAAACUGGAAAACAGAAAGAAGUAUGCAUUAAACUAGCUGCAGAGGUUGAUGAGCUUUUACUCCUAUAAGAAUGCAGAUAUCAUGUGAAAGACAUAUUAUUCACUGCUGGAACAUCUAACAAAUUAGUAACACAAAUGGACCAGACAAUUCUUUGUUUAAAAAGCUAAAGCUUGUGUGGAACUCUUUGAAUCAUGAUUCAAUUGUAUUUAACAGAAUGAAAACUGAGGAUAUCACUGACAUCUGAUUGCAGGAUCAAUUCAAGAAAGCUUUGGAGCUCUCUGAAAACACUAUAAAAUUGGGAAUGUUGAAGAACUUUAUAUUAUAAAUUAUUUUAAUGUCAGUUUAAACAGCUGUAAAAUAAUUAAAAGUACAUUAUCCAGUAAAUUACAGCUUAGGAUAAUGAUAUCAUGUUUAAUUUGUAUAGCUUCUUGCACCAUACACAAUGAUUAUGAUUAAGUUCAUGUACGCAAUUUAAAACAUUUAGAACAUUUAAGUUCAUGUACGCUACAAAAAAUUUUUGUUUUAUGAACAUACAUGGAAACAUAAAAAACUUGAAUGUUCUUAAAACUUCUUGGUAUGGAAGAACAAAAAGAAUACUUGAGAACACUAAAAACCCGCCAAAUUAACGAACAAACUAAUUCUAUUAGUUCAAAAAAUGCGCUGACUAAGCAAAAUAAAAUUCGAGAGUAUUCUGUUGAAAUGUUUUAGAAAUUGUAUUCACGAUUAGUAACGUUUUGAGAUUUCUAGCAUAAAUUGUUUUAAGAAUUUAUUAUCAAUACAAUGGCUCAUUUUCGGAGCCACAUCUGCAAAGCCAUAAAUCUUAUAAAUUAUUAUUAUUUGUUUACAAAAAUAAAUGUUUUAAAUAUAAUAAUAAUAAGGUAUAACUGUAACAACUGUUUUAAACAGUUGCGAAGUGCGAUAACAUAAGAUAUUGCACUGUAACAGCUCAUUUUGUCUUUUGUUUGUGUUUUAACAAAUAGUUUCUACAAAAUCCAGCUCUGUCUAGUUUGUUUUUGAAGUUAUUUAUUGAAGUAGCUUCUAUUAUUUCAGAUGGUAAGCUGUUCAACGCAUUUACAACUCGAUUUUAGAAAAAAUGAUACCUGAAGGUAUAUCUGCUAAAAGGCUUCCUCAUUUUGAAUUUGUGUUGUCGCAGACAUGGACCCUCCUCCAAUGCAUUUCCACAAUCGUUAGCAACCCAAUUUACUUUAUUGUGCCCAUGCUGAAUUUUAUAUUGUUAAAUCAGAUUUCCACGUAGUCUACGUUCUUCCAGUGACGUUAAUUGCAUAAUAUUCAACCUAGCCUCAUAUGAUAAUUUCCUAAUUGUAGGUGCUAGUUUGUUUGCUCUUUUUUGGAUUUUCUCAAUCUUGUCAAUGUCUUGUUUUAAAAAUGGAGACCAUGCCUAGACCGCAAACUCAAGAUGUGGAUGUAUGAACGUUGUAUAGAGCAUUUUUAUCAUGUUUACAUCUAAAUAUUUAAAGCUUCUCUUUAUGGUACCUAACAUUCUGUUUGCUUUGCUGGUUGCUGAAUCAACUUGUGAGUGCCAUUUUAAAUCGGAUUGAACCAUUAUACCCAAAUCACAUUCAGCUUUUGUGUUACACAAUGUAUAAUUGUAAUUGCAAUCAAUAUCAGUCCUUAUAAAUGUAGCAUUUAAAUUUUUUUUCCCAAUAUGCAUAACUUUGCAUUUUUCAUAAUUAAAUUUUGUGAGCCAAAUAGAUGACCAUGCCAUUAUAUUAUUUAUAUCAUUCUGAAGGCUUAUUGAAUCAUUAAGAUUUUUUAUAAUAUUUAUUAUUUUACUAUCAUCAGUGUAAAGUUUAAUAGGGUUUUUGACUUGAUAUGGCAAAUCCUUAAUAAAAAUUAAAAACAGCAGUGGUCCUAAAACUGACCCUGUGGUACACCACUAUAACUGGUAGCCAAUCUGAGACAGUGUCCCCAAGGACCACUCUCUGUUUUCUGUUAGUUAAAAAGUUCUCUAUCCAUCCCAGAUAAUUUCUCACAAUACCAUAUGAUUGAAGUUACUUUAUCAAAAGCCUUUUCAAAGUCUAGAUACAACAUAUCAACUGAGUGGCCAUUUUCUAGUGCAUCUGUUAUGAUAUCAAGAGUUUCCAAUAGAUAAUCCAUAAUUUCAUCUCUAAUGAGUGAUUCCAAAACUUUACAUGGGAUAGAAGUCAAUGAGAUUGGCCGUAAUUAAAUGCAAUGUUCGUAUUACCUUUUUUAAAAAUUGGUGUUAUAUUUGCUAAUUUCCAGAGCUCAGGUAAUUUUUUCUCAGUCAACGAUUUUAUAUAUAUUAAAUGUAAUGGUUCACAGAGAGUACUAUGACAUUUAUUUAAAACAUAUGGGCUUAUCCCAUCUACUCCGAUAGCUUUGUAAACAUCUAAUUUUUUUAAUUUUUUUUUCAAUAGUAUGGCAAGUUAUUUUAUUAUUUAUAUCUACUUCUAGAAUAAUUUCAGUCUUCUGCGGUAUAUUUGGCAUGUUAUGUUUAUCUUCGUUAACACAAAAUUAAUUGAAACUAUUGUUUAAAAUAUUUGCUAUAGAUUCUCUAUUUGUUACAAUGUUAUUUUAUUCAUUAGUCAUUCCUCCUUUAACUUUUUUGUUAGAAUUUACAUAACUAUAAAAUAACUUGGGAUUUCUUCUUGAUGUUUCACUGAUUUUUUUUCAUAUUCAAUACGUUUUAACCUCAUCAUGUUUUUAACUAAUUUACAGUAGUACAAUCCAUUGGUUUCUCCGUGCAGCAGCCUUGUUUGUUAAGGUUCGUGAUUCUGAGUUCUAAAAAUAUAUAUUAUUUAAACAGUCAAAAUUUUGAAAGUUUUGUUGUGUGUCAUUAAUAAUUAGGGUGCUUAUUAUUUACAAAAGUCACAAGUUGUGAUUUUCUAUUAUUAUAACGUUUUUUAUUAAUUGUCGACAAGAGUCACAAGUUGUAUUAUAUGCUAUAUAAAGCGAACAAUUUUUUUUGCAAAUGUCAACUUUGUAUAUAAGUAAAAGAAAACGUUAACAACAAAAAAAAUGGCUUUUAAAUGUGUCGAACAACAAGCUAACUGGGCAUGUCUAUUAUCUCCGCAAUACGAAGAUAGACAGCCAAAGCGAUUUAUUCGGCAGAUGACUUCCUUCUUGGCAAUAAACAAUAUAACUUCAGAUCAACAAUUAGCGUUUUUGCUUGCCACUCUGCCGUUAAAGACUUACAAGACCAUGGAAGAAUUAACAGCACCGGAAGUUCCAGAGGAUGUUUCGUACGAAGAAUUGGUAACGAAAUUAGAAACGUUGGAAAUAAGAAAUUCAUCGUUAAUCUCACGGUAUGAGUUUGGAAAAAUUUACAGAGGUACUAAAGAAUCUAUACAGACGUUCGCGCAUCAAGUGAUUCGAGCAGCUCAAGACUGCAAGUUCUUGCCCUCAGAGAGAGACGGUCGACUUAGUGACCAAUUCAUAAUUGGCAUUAAUGAUGGUGCCAUUCUGCGUGCCAUUCUUCGGGGAGACGAUGCAUUGAGCUUUGACGAUUGUGUCAAGACUGCAUUCGUGGUUGCACAAACAAGAUUAGAUGUGCAUGUCUAUCUGUAAAUGAAGAAGUAAAUGCGAUUCACCGGACGACUGGAACGACAAGUUAUACACGAAGAAAGAAAGAUAAGAUAGAAAGAUUCAAUGUUACGAUGUCACGAAGAUAGAAAGAUUCGAGGUUACAACUGUGCAUCCUUAAAUCACUUUGCACGUGAAUGUACCUCUUUAUGCAAAAAAUGCUUGCAUAAACAUGCUGCAAAACACUGCUACAAACGUCAAUGAAACCGGGAAAACUUAAAUGGGACGAUAUCGCAUUAGGUAUCUCUACAAGACUGACUAAAAUGUGAUUCCUGUAGUAAAUGUUGCAUCAAUGGGCGGAAUAAUUCGAUGCAAAGAAGUUAGUGCUAAAAUAUGCCACCCAACGAACGGGUGCUUGGUGGAUGUGGUGGUUCUGAGUGUGAAUGAAGUAAUAAACAAAUAUGACAUGAUUAUGGGUAUGGACUUAAUAAAGAUGUGUGAUGGACUACAAAUUGGCACUGGAAAACUGAAAUUGUGUAAUUCUUUGAUUGAGUUGUCAUCGAAACUUCGUGUUGCGACAAUUGAAAUUGGAACAAGCAAAGCUUAUUUUGAUGGCAAAAAAUGGAUUGUAAGUUGGGAGUGGGAAAACGAACCUAAAAUGAAAAAUAGAACAAGUCAGUAUAAUGUAGCUGACCAACGUUGUGAGGCGUUUAACAAUAUAUGAAUGGAUCAAAUAUAUGAAUGGAUCAAAGAAGGUAUACUCAUCAAAUAUGACGAUCAAAUUAUGGGAAAACCUAAAGGUCUACUACCAUUAAUGUGUGUCAUUCAAGAUAAUAAAAAAAAGAUAAGACCUGUGCUUGAUUAUCGUGAGCUUAACAUGUAUGUAAAAGCCUCUACAAGGGAUGCUGAUGUCAUCAAUGAUGUAAUGAGGGAGUGGAGAUUCAUGAGUAAAAACAGCAAUGACUCGGUAGUGGGUCUAAGAAGAGCAUAUUUACAAAUUCAUGUGCAUAAAAGGCAUUGGCCUUACCAGACGGUUAUCUAUAAAAAUCAGCGAUAUGCACUUACACGUUUGGGCUUUGGUCUAAGUUUGGCACCAGUGAUGAUAAGCUCAAUAUUGCGGUAUGUUCUCCAACAAGAUUCUGCACUGGCAAAAACAACAAGAGGAUACAUUGAUGACACCCUAGCAACCAAUGGAAGAAAGCUGGUGAUACAUAUGAAGAAAUGGGGUCUUCAUGCAAAAGCACCUGGAUAUUUUGGCGAAAAUAUCCAGGUGCAUUCGUGUACUAGGAUUAGAAGUCACAGUAAAUCCAUUAACAAAGGAGAUGUUGUGGAAGAGAGGACGCGAGCUUCCUAUUAUUAAAUCUGUGCUCACAAAGAGGGAUAUAUUCUCAUUAUGUGGUAAUCUGAUUGCUAAUCUACCAGUUGCUGGAUGGUUGAGACCGGCAUGCAGCUAUAUAAAAAGAUGUACAAACGAAGCAGGUUGGGAUGAACCUAUUACGAAUAAGUAUGUUAUCGAAAUGAUGCAGGAAGUUGUAGAUAAAGUCGUAAAGUGCGAUCUGGCAAAAGGUGUAUGGAAUGUUAAACCAAAUGCAUCUCUGACUGUAUGGUGCGAUGCAAGUUUGCUGGCAAAAGGAGUUGUGAUAACGCCAGGUGACAGAAAGAUAGAAGAUGCGACAUGGCUCCGACCAAAGUCUGAUGCAAUGCAUAUCAAUGUGGCCGAAUUAGAUGCAUGUAUUGAAGGUCUAAAUAUGGCAUUGAAAUGGAAUCCAAGGGAUGUCUCCAUUAAAACUGAUUCGAGGAUUAUGUCAUAAAUGUAACUGUUACAUGGGUACCAACAACUAAAAAUAUUGCAGAUGAACUCACAAGAGUGCCAACAAAAUGGAUAAAAAACAAAGUUGCAGCACAAGAAUGUAAUACCAUUUAUAAGUACGAUAAACAGCAGAUUCGAAAAAUUCAUUUACUAGCACACAUGGGAGUUUCCAAGAGUAUGGAGUUAUGUAUGCGCGCUGGUAUCCACGUUACCAGAGACACAGUGAAACAGGUUGUCGCAGAGUGCGAUGAAUGUAACUCGAUUGACCCUAAUGUGAUGUUGUGGGAUAAAGGAAAUCUUGCUGUUAGCAAAGUAUGGGAAAGAGUAGCCUGCAAUGUUACUCAUGUUGAUUCAUUGCUAUAUCUCACUUGUAUUGAUUGCGGCCCAAGCAGAUAUACGUUAUGGACACCAUUAAGCGACGAAAGUGCAACUAUGGUUGUUCAAGCGUUAGAAACAAUAUGGUCAACACUUGGACCUUCUUCUGAAGUUCUUCUAGAUAACUCUAAGUCAUUAAGAUCUCAGCUUAUGCAAACUAUGGCUGCGAAAUGGGAAAUAAGGCUCAUCUAUCGAGCUGUUGAAAAACCAUCGGAAAAUGGAAUAGUUGAAAAAGUUCAUCGGACGGUAAAAAGAACAAAUGCAAGAGUAAAAUGUGGUAUUUCCAUGUCUGUAUUUUUAAUCAAUAACGUUCCAUCAAAACACGGCAGACCUUUUGAAAUAUUUUGCCAACAUCACAAACGAGUUCGAAUUCCUGGAAUCGUUAAAAUCGAAUCAACACAAAAGUCGAUGACAGAGUGUCGUGAAUGGAAAGUUGGCGACAAAGUGUGGGUGAAACCCAAGCACAUAACGCCGUGUACGCAACGAUGGCUGAAAGGAAGUAUAGUGGCAUUGCAUAAUGGUUUAACAGCUGAAGUUGAUGUCAACGGACAUACGUUACCACAACAUUUUUCUCAUCUGCAACAUCGUCGUGUAGACACAAAAGAAGAAGAUACAACAGAUGAUUUUAAUUCAACACUAUUUAAACUUCCCGAAACGAGCUCAAAACACAUUGUCAAUGAUGAUUCAAAUCUUCAAAUAAUUCCUCCGGAUAAUGGUAAAAAUGACAAUAGUACGGGCAGCGAUCAAAACUAUUCAACAGAUGGUGAGACAGAGUCACAGCCUGUUCAAUUCACUCGCUAUGGAAGGAGAGUACUUCCUAAUCGGAAGUACAACGAUUACGUAUGAGCUCUUGUUGAGCUAAGGGGGAUGUUGUGUGUCAUUAAUAAUUAGCGUGCUAAUUAUUGACAAAAGUCACAAGUUGUGAUUUUCUAUUAUUAUAACGUUUUUUAUUAAUUGUCGACAAGAGUCACAAGUUGUAUUAUAUGCUAUAUAAA